UCAGUCCACAGAAACCAAUGUUGGUCACAUUACUGAGAAAGCAUGGAGUGCCACUAACAUGCCUGCCACAGACUAGGGGGAACAUCUUUAUCGACGCAAGAUGCUAAAGGACACCCUUCUGGAGUGAAAACUGGUUGUUUCACUGGAGCUCUUCAGUAGCUGUUUUCAUCUGCCAUGGAGUUUGAAAGAGUUGCUUCUCACUCUUACUACAAAACGGUGCUGCUUACCAUGAUGAUGUUCAAAUGGGGAAUCUUCUGCACAGAGACCCUGGACAAAUGCCUAUCUUCCCCUUGUAAGAACAACGCCACUUGCAUAGAGAAUCCCGGGGACUACUUCUGUCUGUGCCCCGAGGAGCCUCUCAAGUAUGUGGGGAAGAACUGCGAGGAGCUGUACGACGCCUGUUCAGAGCAGGCCUGCCCAAGAUACAGAAACUGCACCAGCACCCCAGGAACUACGGAGUACAAUUGUAGCUGCCCACUGGGGUUCACGGGCACAAACUGCACCAUUAACAUAAACGAAUGUGAGAGCAACCCCUGCUCUGGAUACAAGACAGAGUGUGUCGAUGGCAUCAAUGGAUAUACAUGCCAGUGCCCCAAUGGCUACACUGGGGACAGAUGCCAAACUCAAAUGACCAACUGCUUGGCUGGCCCCUGUCACCACAAUGGAACCUGUGUCGACUCAGAUGGUGGUUACCAGUGUGAGUGUAGCCCAGGUUUCUCGGGGGGCCACUGCGAAGUAAACAUUGACGAAUGCCUGUCUCUGCCCUGUAAAAACGGAGCCAUCUGCUUGGAUGGGAUCAACGAGUACCAUUGCUUCUGCGUGCCCGGAUUUCAGGGGUACAACUGCGAGAUUGACAUCAACGAGUGCGCCUCGAGGCCCUGCGAGAAUAACAGCACCUGCGUCAACGAGAAGGACAGAUAUGUGUGCGAAUGCCUGGUGGGGUAUACAGGUGAGAGACCCUCGCCAUCUUUCUGGCUGAGGGCAGACUGUUUCAUUUUCACUUGUAAAACGUGUGUUUGCAGGUAUAACUGCCUCUGCGCUGAUACAGGGUACAUGGGAGAUAACUGUGAAAUUGAUAUCCCGGAGUGUGCUUCCAGUCCCUGCCACAAUGACGGCACCUGUGUCGAGGGGGUGAAGAAUUACAGCUGCCUGUGUUGGAAUGGUUACGAGGGGCACGACUGUGAAUUUGAUGUCAGUGACUGUGCGGCGGAGCCCUGCGCGAACAGCGGGCUGUGCUAUGAGCGAUCAAACCGGGAUCACUACGGCACGCUGCCGGAGUUUGAAGGAGAGUUCAGCCAUGCAGCGGCAGCGGGCUAUAUAUGCAAAUGUCAGCCCGGAUUCACAGGAGAGAACUGCUCAGUGAAUAUUGACGAGUGUGCUUCAAUGCCAUGCCUGAACGGCGGAACCUGUGAGGAUCACGUUAAUUACUAUAUGUGCCGAUGUCAGCCUGGAUUCACAGGAGUGGGAUGCGAGAUCAAUAUCGACGAAUGUGAGAGCAGCCCGUGUCACAACGGGGGCGUGUGUGAAGAUGGCACCGCAGAUUAUACGUGCCGCUGCCCCCCGGCAGAAGAGGGUGCCAUCCCCUGGGGUGGCAAAGACUGUGAGACACCAAUGCUGGGCUGUGAGAACCACGCCUGUCGAAACGGAGCGCGAUGCAGGCCGACUCUGGUGGACGGAAAUCAUGGCUACACCUGUGUGUGCCCGCCAGGGUUUUACGACGUCUACUGCAGCACUCCAACAACGUUUUCCUUUUCUUCUCGUGGGUAUAUUGUCAUCGAAGCUCCAGAGAACAACAGGACCAAGCGGGAUGCAGGUCUUCAAGAAAUCAGCAUCAGCAUGCGGUUCCGAUCCACGCUUCCUGACAUGAUCCUGUUUUAUAGGGGCGACCAGGAGGACUUUCUGUACCUGGAGAUUUCUGAGGGCCACAUUCAUGCUAAAGCGGUCUUGAAUGACCUUGCCUCAGAAGUGUAUACGUCUAGUCAGGUGAACGACGGACAGUGGCAUAAAGUGAGUCUGACUUUGCGCCACGAUUUGAUGGUGGAACUUCAAAAGCCGCAUUGCGUCAGUGAAGACUGCACAGAACUGAGAACCCAGCCGGGAGACUUUCCCUUUCGCAGGCCAGAGUCUUUCAAGAAGAUGUUUAUUGGAGGAGUGAGUACGGAAGGCUACCUGAACCGGACGAAAAGCAAAAGCAGUUUUAUCGGUUGCAUAGAGGACCUCAUGAUUGAUUCCCGGCCUGUGCUACCUCAGAACAUAUCUAAGGACUUGUCCAAAGACAUGAUGCUUGGAUGCAGUAAAAACGAGUGGUGCCACCCAAACCCUUGUUCCAAUAAUGGGCUCUGUAUAGAUCUGUGGACGACCUUUCAGUGCAAUUGUUUGCGACCGUUUUAUGGUGAUCAAUGCUUAGAUGAGUACAAGCCAGCAACCUUCAGUCUGGAAGAUUCAUUGAGCUAUGCCUCCUUCAACAUAACCAAAGCUCACGGAUCCAACUUUUCUGUCUCAUUUUUCUUGCGUUCACUUAAAGCCGACGGUCUGGUCUUCCAGCUCAGGAAUGCCCAGAAUGCAUACUUCACACUGUACUUAAACAGGGGCCGUCUGCAUGUACAGACCCUGUCUGCGUCAUCAGUGGUAUUUCCUACUAACAUCACCAGUGGAGUGAAGCAGCUGAUUAUUGUAAAACACACUGAUGGCAGUGUUUUGUUUAACCAUUCUCAGACUGGUUAUGUGCAAUUGAGUCCAGUCCCUACUGUUGAAGUACAGGCCGGAGAUGUGGCCUAUGUUGGAGGCCAUAACUGGGAAAAUGAAACGGAGCCAUGGGGAGGCUUUUUCAAGGGCUGUCUACAGGAUGUGCGACUUGACGAUAUGCACUUGGAAUAUAACACAGUAAACCUGAGCAGAAGUGAUUUUUACAGCCUUCUGCAGUCCAAGAACAUCUCACUAGGCUGCAUUAGCGAUGAUACCUGUCAGACUAAGCCCUGUGAAAACGGAGGCAUCUGUAAUGUUACAUGGAAUGACUUUGUCUGCUCCUGUGCUGCAAAUUUUACGGGGCGGAUAUGCGAAACAAGAGUGUGGUGUAGUAGCAGCCCGUGUCCUGCUCACAGCCAGUGUGUGGAUCUGCCUGAUGGAUAUGAGUGUGCAGCCAGUGCCACAUUUGAAGAAAACGCUGCCAUUAAAUAUACUGCCAACAGGUCGCUGUUUGAGCCAGUAACUAAGAUUUCUCUGGAGCUGAGAACCCGUGAUGAGAAUGCAGUACUUCUGCAUGCCACAAACGGAGUGGAGCUGUUCUGCAUCGGCCUACGCAACUCCACUUUGGUUGUCAAAUUCAGGACUGGGAAUAACGUGGAAGUCCUGUCGCUCGUCGCCCAGUUUGACUUUGCAGAUGGCUCGUGGCACAAGGUGCACGUCCACAUGGCAGCGCCUAACCUUGAGUCCUCCAGGUGGACCAUUUCCAUAGAUGACAAAAGGAAUAUCACCAGCGUGGGAUCGGCAGGAAACCUGAACUUCCUGAACGAGUCGAUUGUGUCGCUGGCCGAAAACUUCACUGGUUGCCUGGGAAACGUAAGAGUGGGGGGCUUGUAUCUUCCCUUCGCCGGCGGCUACUCCACUCCUCAGCGGGCGAAGUUCACCAAACUCGGCGAGGGGGAAGUUCAGACCGGAUGCACAGGGUCUCCAGUCUGCUCUUCCCAGCCGUGCCUCCACAACGGAGUGUGUGAAGAUUUGUUCAACCUGUACGAGUGCAACUGCUCGCUCGGCUGGGAAGGGCAGCACUGCCAGUUCAACGCCGAUGACUGCCAGCAGAGCCCUUGCCUCAACGGGAAAUGUGUCGACCUUCUGGCGGACUACAGAUGCGACUGCUCUCCUGGGUACAGCGGGAGGGCCUGCGACGUGGACAUCGACGACUGCUCCGAGCGCCCGUGUCAAAAUGGAGGAAGCUGCAUAGAUGGGAUAAAUGGCUUCACCUGCGCCUGCUCGCCCAACCACACAGGGCUGCUCUGCGAGCGGCCGUACCCAGCGUUGCAGUGUGGAGACGAUGUGGAGUGCUUCAACGGGGGGACUUGUGUUGAUGGUAUUUGGGGAGCUAACUGCACCUGUGGGCCAGAUUUCACAGGGGACAGGUGUCAAACUGUCGCACACAAAUGUUUUGCCAAUCCUUGUCAAAAUGGUGGAUCCUGCCGAAACCUCAGUAACACAUUUCAGUGCAUUUGUGGAGAAAAGUAUUCAGGACGACUCUGUGAAACAAAUAAACAGGAGCAAAAAGACAACACGAUUCCCCUCAUCGCUGUUGCCGUCCCAGUAGCCUGCGGCUGUGUGCUCCUGGUCAUCAUCGGCCUCAUUUUCAUGGUGCUCACAGCCCGGAAGAGGCGCCAGUCCGAGGGGACGUACAGCCCGAGCCAGCAGGAGGUGGCAGGAGCACGCCUGGAGAUGGAUAGCGUCCUGAAAGUCCCCCCGGAAGAGCGCUUGAUAUGAUCGGAAUUCCUGUGGACAGUGCUCCUACACCGACAGCGACCACCAACGGGAUCUUGUUCAAAGAUGUUGCGAAGUGCCGGGAGGGACUGACCUCCUGCCAGCGCAGGCGGUUUGGACAUUGAAUUGAUUCCACUAAAGUGGAGAAACGUCUGCCGAAGGGACAACGCCGAAGGUCGGUAUGUGAUGGACUGUAAGUACACCACUGGUGUUGAAGCUGGUCCGUUAUCUGCCUUGAUAGACAGCCGUUGACUGUCCAGCACUCCAGCCCUGAUGAGUGAUGUGCACAUCACAGCAAGAACCAAAACUGCUGCCAGGCAGGAACUGCUGUCAGGACUGAUUCCACUAAACUGGAGUCUCCUUUGUUAGGGAUGAGCCCUGCGCUCAUACUGUUCUGACCUUCAGCCAAUGGCCGGAGAUACAUAUCUACAAGUCAACAGAUGUGCGUUUACUGCUCUCAGGUUGUAGGAUUAAAUCAAAUUCUCAUUGCAAAGGUGACCUACUAAAAAUGUAACCUUAAAAGCGACAGCAUCUAUUGUCCAACGCAUAACCUGUGAAACCUAAAUUAUUUUUUUUUUUUGGCUGAAUGUGGGAUAUUAUUUUGUUUUCAUGUGUUUUGUAACAUUGAGACAACAGCACAUCACCUGAACAAUUUGGUGGCAUCGGAGCUUAAAGCUCAGUAAUUAAGAGACUGAACUUUGGGACAUUUCGGUCCCCUGGCAUACAAGAGUUGCAUUUUUUAAAUUAUUUUGGCCAUAACCACUGUUGUUUUGACCGCAUAAGGCAGUGCCACUACUGUAUUUGUACUUGAUGUUAUAUGCGAUUGUUGUGUUUUGAACCAUAAAACUCUAUAUAUCAAAGACUAAAAAAAAUUAAACACAUUGCUCCAACUCUCAAAAGAAGCACACAGAGACCUUCAGAAAUGGUGGCUUCAAUUACACAAAGCUGGGAGAUAGAUGUGGGAGUAUGUAGGGAGAGCUGAUGUCACUUGAUAUGGAGUAAGCACACAGUGCUGAGAACUGGACUAAGGUAAACAGACUCUGGCUCCCCUGUGACCCUGUAUUAGAUUAAGCGGUUAGAAAAUGGAUGGAGAAAACCUUAAUCUCAUUAUUUGACAUUAUCCAUCCAUCCAUUUUCUAACGGGCUCAUACAAUUGAGAAGCACGGGGGAGCCCGAGGCUAUCCCAGCAAGCAACGGGCUCCAGGUGGGGUACACUCUGGACGGGACGCCAGUCCACCGCAGGGCACACAC